GCGGGCUCCGCGGUCAUGGCGCGGCGGUGCGGCCUCUGGCGGGCCCGGGCGCUGCUCGCCCUGCUGGCAUCGCUGCUCCUCUGCGGGGCCGAGGCUGCCGACGCGGACCCGGGCGUCCACGAGUCUUGCCUUGUCUUGAAGAAAGUGGGGAGAUGCCGGGCCUCCAUCCCUAGGUGGUGGUACAAUGUCACCGAGGGAGCCUGCCAGCAGUUUGUGUACGGAGGCUGCGACGGGAAUGGCAAUAAUUACUUGACCAAGGAGGAGUGUCUCAAGAAAUGCGCUGGUGUCACAGACAAGACCGUGGAUGUGCUGGCCGCCAGCAGGAAUGGAGCACACGCCUCUGUCCCAAGUGUUCCCAGAAGGCAGGGUUCUGAUGACCUUUCCAGCGAUAUUUUCAACUAUGAAGACUCCUGCACUGCCAAGGCGGUCACCGGGCCUUGCCGGGCAGCCUUCCAGCGCUGGUACUUCGAUGCCGAGAAGAACUCCUGCGAUAAAUUCAUCUACGGAGGGUGCCGGGGCAAUAAAAACAGCUACCUCUCCCAAGAGGAGUGCAUGCAGCGCUGCUUUGACAAGCAGCUGUAUCCUGUCCUGCCCCAAGCCUCUAAAGUGGUGGUCCUGGCGGGGCUGUUCGUGAUGGUGCUGAUCCUCUUGCUGGGCGCCUCCGUGGUCUGCCUGAUCCGGAUGGCCCGAAGGAACCAGGAGCGUGCCCUGCGCGCCGUCUGGACCUCCGAGGACGACAAGGAGCACCUGGUGAAGAACACCUACGUCCUGUGACCGCCCCGCCGCCAGGGUCCCCCGCCGAGGAAGAGCGCGGGAGGGCCGGGAGGCAGCUGUCGCGCGCGCGUGCUUUGGAAAUAGAGUGACUGAUCUGUGUCUGUGAUCACCUGGGCUUCGGGUCUGUUUGCUGCUCCAGAAGGCGCGAGGGGGCUGCUUCCUGGCUGCCCGGGCCGGGUUUGCCGUGGGGGUGCCCAGUGGCCCCAUUGGUCGGUGGGUGGUGUCGAGGCCGGCCCCAGGCCAGAGGCGUCUGCUCGCUCGCUUCUCUCUGCCGCAGGUAGUUUUCUUGCUCGUGCUGAGUCCUGUUGCCUCCUUUCCUGUCCUGUGAUGCUUUCGUAGUGUUCUUUGUUUAAUUGAUUUGUGGGUUUUUUUAAAGUUGGUCGAGUUCAUUUUUUUAUUAGAUUCUGAAAAGAAUAAAAUGUACAUGUUUAAUAAAAAGGGCCUUCCUUUUUAAAAUAAAUUUUAGCAUGGGCUUGCUUUCUUACUGACACCGC